AGAGGAAGAGGAAGAGGAAGAGGAAGAAGAAGAAGAAGAAAGUUGCAGAAGAUCGAGACAGGGAGAUCGAGAUGGGUCGAGGAAAGAUCGAGAUCAAGAGAAUAGAGAAUACUACCAACAGGCAAGUUACUUACUCGAAGCGACGAGGCGGUAUCAUGAAGAAAGCUCGGGAGCUCAGUGUUCUCUGUGAUGCCGAAGUUUCUCUCGUCAUGUUCUCCAGUACAGGCAAAUUCCAUGAAUACGUCACUCCCACCACAACAACGAAGAAGAUAUUUGAUCGGUAUCAGCAAACUUCGGGGGUCAAUCUCUGGCAGCCGCAUUACGAGAAAAUGCAAGAAAGCUUGAACAAGCUGAAGGAGACCAAUAAUAAUCUCCGGAGAGAAAUCAGGCAGAGGAUGGGUGAAGAUCUCGACGAUCUGAGCAUCGAUGAACUGCGUGGUCUUGAGCAAAAUAUGGACAAAUCCUUGAAGGUUGUUCGUGAUCAAAAGUAUCACAAGAUCCAGACUCAAACCGACACUUACAAGAAAAAGCUGAGGAACUCGGAGGAAACGCACAGGAAUCUUUUGCGCCAAUUUGACGAGAGAGAUGAAGAUCCAGACUAUGGGUUAGUGGACCAUGAAGGAGACUAUGAAACUGAGCUUGGAGUGGCAAAUGGAGGCGCCCAUUCAUUUGCUUUCCGCUUGCAACCAAUCCAACCCAAUCUUCAGGAUGGAGGAAUUUAUGGAUUCCAUGAUCUACGCCUUGCUUGAGUUGCAGUCUUCAGAGGUUACAUUACUUUUCAAACUUUAAUCUCUAUGUAUUUGGGAUAAAAACUGAAUCGAACUUAAGUAUAAUUAUGGUUAAAAAAUGUUUGAGCAUGUACUCAACUAAUU